AUGAAUGAAGAUCGUAAGCCGGAGGAGGGCGCCGAUGGCGUCCAGGCGCCUGAGUACGCGCUCCAUGUGGAUUCCAGCGCCUUCCAGACGGACCCCAGCGCGCUCCAGGCGGACCCCAGUGCCCCGGCCCCUCCCAGCGUGGCGGUCGACCUGAGCAAGUCCAUCGACAUCAGCAAGUCCAUCCACCCCAGCGCCUCCACCCACCGCAGCGUGUCCAUCCACCCCAGCGCGUCCAUCCACCCCAGCGUGUCUAUCUAUCCCAGCGUCUCAGCCAACCCCAGCGCCUUGGCCCGCCCCAGUGCCCUAUCCCAACCCAGCGGCUCUGGGCCAGAGGCGGAGGAACUUAGCGUGAUCCAGGUGAGCAAGCGCCGGUGGGUCGUGGUCCUGGUGUUCAGCUGCUACUCAUUGUGCAACGCCUUCCAGUGGAUUGAGUAUGGUUCCAUCAAUAACAUCUUCAUGCGCUUCUACGGCGUCAGUUCGUUCGCCAUCGACUGGCUAUCCAUGUGUUACAUGCUGACCUACAUCCCCCUGCUUCUGCCGGUCGCCUGGCUGCUGGAGAAGUUUGGCCUGCGCGCCAUCGCCCUCACUGGUUCCUUCCUCAACUGCCUGGGUGCUUGGGUGAAGCUGAGUAGCCUGAAGCCGCAUCUCUUUCCGGUCACCAUGCUGGGCCAGGUCAUCUGCUCGGUGGCCCAAGUCUUCAUCCUGGGCAUGCCCUCCCGCAUCGCUUCUGUCUGGUUCGGGGCUAAUGAGGUCUCCACGGCCUGCUCCUUGGCUGUCUUUGGCAAUCAGCUUGGAAUUGCAAUUGGAUUCUUGCUCCCUCCUGUUUUGGUUCCCAACAUUGAAGACCAGGACAAGCUUGCCUACCACAUCAGCAUCAUGUUCUACAUCAUUGGAGGGGUGGCCACUCUGCUUUUCAUCCUUGUCAUCAUUGUAUUCAAGGAGAAGCCAAAAUAUCCCCCCAGCAGAGCCCAGUCCCUGAGCUAUGCCUUGCAAUCCACCGAUGCUUCCUACUUAAGUUCCAUCAUCCGGCUCUUCAAAAACCUCAACUUUGUGCUGCUUGUCAUCACCUACGGUCUGAAUGCUGGCGCUUUUUAUGCCUUGUCCACUCUGCUGAAUCGUGUGGUGCUCUUUCACUACCCGGGGGAAGAAGUCAAUGCUGGGAGGAUUGGCCUGACCAUCGUUCUCGCGGGCAUGCUCGGGGCUAUGAUCUCAGGCAUCUGGCUGGAUCGAUCCAAAACCUACAAGGAGACAACACUGAUAGUCUAUUUUAUGACUCUGGUGGGCAUGGUGGUGUACACCUUGACCUUGCACCUGGGACACCUGUGGAUAGUGUUCAUCACAGCUGGCACAUUGGGUUUCUUUAUGACUGGCUAUCUCCCGCUGGGAUUUGAGUUUGCUGUGGAGCUGACGUAUCCAGAAUCAGAAGGCAUGUCCUCUGGCCUCCUCAAUGUGUCUGCACAGGUAUUUGGUAUUAUCUUUACCAUCUCCCAGGGCCAGAUUAUAAACAAGUAUGGGACCAUGGCUGGGAACAUCUUCCUCUGCGUGUUCCUUUUGCUCGGAGCGGCUAUCACUGCAUUCAUCAGGGCAGAUCUCCGGAGGCAGAAAGCAAACAAAGAAACUCCUGAUGUUAAACCCCAGGAGGAGGAGGAAGAGAGCAAUAUCAGCAAAGUACCAGCCCCCGUGUCGGAGGAGCACUUCUGA